GGGGGGCGGGGCAGCAUGGCGGCGCCGGGGCGCGGGUGCAGGUGGCGGGGGGAGGCCUGGCCGCGAGUCCCCGCCGCCGCCUUCCUCACGGCGCUGCUGUCCCUGGCGGUGUCCGGGCCCGGGCUGCUGCGGGGGGCCGGGGCGGCCGCCCCCUCCGCCUUCUCGCUGCGGCCCGGCGCCGUGCGCGGCGGGGAAGUUCACAGGUUGGUGACCUUCAUCUUUGUCUAUGAAGAUCUGAUAUCCUUGGCGUGCGGCGCCGUUAUCGUCUGGUACUUUGCAGGCAGCUUUGAGAAGAACGUGGGCACAGUGAAGCAUUGCUUCCUCACGGUUGCUUUUGCCAUUUCUUCUGCCCUGCUUUCUCUCUGCCUUGAGGCUGUCUUCUCUCAGCUUUCAGGGGUUGAAGAUGCCAAAGGAUUUAUUCCAGUUGCUUUUGCCAUGUUUGGUGUGUCUACAACCCGGUCACGGAUGAGAAGAGCACUUCUGUUUGGGUUUAAUGUUCCCGUUGUACUGGUGCCGUGGAUUAUGCUCUGUAUGACCUGGUUUAUUCCUCGCUCCUCUCUCCUGGGUAACACAUGUGGUCUCUUAGUUGGGGUAGCCUAUGGUUUGGGCUACUGCUUCUGCUUGGAUCUCCCGGAGUCAAUUGUAUCCAGGCUAGAUCAGAAGCUCCCUUUCUGCUUGCUGAAGAGAAUACCAGGAUUGAAAUACAUUCCAGGGUCCUUGGCAGAGAGAAGAGCUUCCCAGAGCAAAAAGAUUAAUCCAGUGCCGGGCUCAUACCCCACUCAGAGCUACUACUGCCCUUCACCUCCAGCACUUCCUACGACACAGAUACAGCACCCUAAUGCCCAGAGCCUGGAAUCCUGGCAUAGCUACACGCCAGGUUACAUCCACGCUCCUGCCCCAUACCAAACCAGCACUGCCUUUGGAGAAUUUUACAUACAGAACCACUUUGGUGCCUCAUCUGGACAUGGCUGCCAACCACCUGAUUCUGCUUCCCUCCAACAUAAAGGGCUGCCAUACUCUCAGAUGUUUGCAGGGCUGGAGAACUUGGAAGCAAAGCUUCAGCAAGCACCAGGGUUGCCAGCAGGAGCAGCUACUUCACCUGAGCUGUCAGAAAUCCAAAUAUACUGAUGGUCCACUGAGGCCAGGGUGGGAAAUAGUAGUGCUAUGCUGCAGGCUAAGACAUGAAACUGCUUCUAAGAACUUUUAUUUUAACUGGAUUGUUUGUGGUCAAAGCAACUAAUCGGUGGUGCCCCCUGACUUGCUGGUCUCAGUGCGGCCCACUUAUGGGCUUUUAACCUUCAUCAAGUUUUCUUUUAUUUAUAUUCCUUUUUUCUUUUUGAUACUUUUUGAUAUUUGCUGGGAGCUGUAUCUGUUGCCUCUUUGUGUACCCCUUGCUACUGGUUAUAAAUCUCCCCUAUCUAGGCUAGGGGUGGGUCCUGGUUACAGUAUACCUGUCCCUUGACUUAGUUCAGUUAUAGGAAAGAGAUGUCUGUCAAAACACUGGAUUUUAAUUGGAUUACAAGGCCUAGCACAGGUCCAGUUUUGGUUGCAUCCCUCUACCCUGUCAGAAUGUUAUGAGGGGCCUCACCUUGGUUUCAAGUUUAGCAUAGACAGGGCCCAACUGAUCCAAGAUUACCCCUUGGGUUGGGGAUAACCUGCCUGUUCUGUAAUAGGCCCUGACUAAACUGCAAUGUUAAAUGAAUGGAGAAAGAUGGAUCUGCGCAUAAGGUUAAUUUUCCAAUACAGAUGUGCCUAAGAACAAGCUCAGUAUGAAGUGAGGUGAAGUAUUUAGGUGAAGUAGAUGGCCGGCUGCAUUCCCUGUUACCCCAAAUAGAAGCUGUGAUGUGCUGCUGAGUCCCUUGUUGGCACUGGCCAGGCAGACUGCAUUCCCUUCACAGACAUGUUGCCUUGCCUUGACCUCCGUAAUAGACACCUGCAGUAACAUGGCAUGUGGCCCACAGUGCCACCUGUGCCUUCAAAAACUCUAGAGGGGCUAGAAAAUGUUGUUGAAGAGAUUUGUGAUUCUUCUGGAGACUUAAGCUACUACAUACAAACUAAGACAUCUUAGACUCUGGAAGGGACCUGAGAAGAGAGACUAGGUGAAUCAAACAGUAGGUAGUUGUUACUCUCUUUUGCAGCAUUUGUUGAGAUGUUAGAAUAUUCUCCAGUGCUAGAGUUAGAGUGCAUAUGGCCCUGUAGUUACUAAGCAGAUCACAAUGUGGAUUCAGAAGUUCUAUAUUUUGUUUCCAGUAGAGGUGCACCGAUGCAUUGGUCCGAUAUCAGAUCGGCACUGAUAUAAAGAAAAUUGUCUAUAUUGGAGAUAGGCCUGAUGUGGCUGAUAAAUGGCCCAUGCAUGCGCACAGCCUCAACACAGCAUAUAGGCAGUGAGGAGCACAGCUGGGGGCUAUGGGGUGGCUAUGGCAAUUUUUGGGGUGGCUGCAGCCCCACCCCCCCAGUGCCCCUGGUGCUGCCCCAGCCUGCAGCUGCAGCCUGCCCUGCCUGCGCCCCACUCAGAUCCAGGGGGCACACGCCCCCUCCUCCCUCCCCCCACCCCACCAAUGCCCUCCUGGGGUGUGCACAGCAGCAGGAGCCGCCCCUGGAUGAGCUGUGGCUUUGUCCCAUGCCCUGUCUUGCCCCAGCUGGGCCAUGUCUACCUCAGCUCCACUUCCUCCCUCACCACAGGGGCCUUCAUCUAUGCCCCCAUGCCCCUUCCCUCCCCUUCCACCACAACAGACUUACCAGCUGCACACAGCUGUAUUGGAAAUCAGAUUGGUAUCGGCUGAUAUGCCUCCUUAAAAAUUGGUUAUUGGUAUUGGCCUCAAAAAUCUCUGUCGGUGCACCCGUAAUUGCUAGCUCUUUCACAGAGCAGCAAGUAUUUUAACUUUCCCACUGGGAAAAUGGGAAUAUCUUGAAAUAAUUGAGAAAAGUGUUCUUUUGAAGUGCAAAGAAUCAUUACUUGUAGGGCCUGAUGUUUCAUUGGUACAUGGCAAACACCCAUGUAAAAGAAGAGUAGGGAGAAGCUCUUACAUUGUAUGCAUUUAGCACAGAGUGUGGAUUAGACAGGACACUUGUCUAUGAUAUAAAAACAUCAGAGCACUUGUAGCAGUUGGGGGGGGGGAGGGCCUAGAAUGGUGUUUCCCAACCCAUAGUUUCUGAGGCUGUGUUACCUGCAAGACUCCCUGAUAUUCCUUGUAGCCACAGGAAAAUUUACUUUCCAGAGAACCUGCAGAAAUUUUUAAUAGAAAAAAAGUGGGAUGAUGCCUUUAAUAUGUUACUUGCUCAGUAUUACUGCUCAUGGUCCAGUGCAGUUUGGGCCUACUGUAGUCAGUGAGGUUGAUAGUCCUGGCCAACUAAUGCCUGCAUUUCUACCCUGCCCCUGGUUAAAUAACAAGUGUACGGACAACAGUUUGUAAACUAAUGAGCUUUACCACAAGCGUUUUGAAAUGGCAAGUGAGCACUGUGAGAUUGUAGCGUGAGGAUGAAGACUGACAGUGGCUGCUGUAUGCAUCUUCAUGCAGAAUGCAACCUUUGAAUAUCACCUAGAAGGUGAAGCUACGUAGGCUGUUUGGUUUCCUGCUGAAAAACUGACUUGUCUUGAAGCAGCUGGGAGACAAAAUUCUUCCUUGAUGUAGCUCUGCUGCAAUCCUACCCAACAGUCCAGGCUAGGUACUUUGUGCUAGUUCAGCAGUGAUUUGUUAGAGAAGAGAAACACCAGCUGGUAAAAGGUGGUACUGCAGAGGUAACCAGGAUUGGGAACUGCUCAUCGCUGCUAGAUGCAUUGUUAGUUUAUAGACAUCAUCCAAUGGCAUUGACUACUGGAAAGGCAUAUCCACUAAAAUACUGACUGUUAAGAGUUGCUUUUGCAUCAGUUUGUGUGGAAGGAGUGAGACGAAGAACCCCCCUGGAAUAACUAGUCUAGAAAAAAUCAGUUAUAAAGAAUUCUUCCUGAGGCAAUCAGGCUUAUAUCCUGGUAAAUACAAAACUUUUGCACCAGGCUGGGCCAGCAACUUGGCUAAGGAGCUGCCAGAUGAUCAGGGCUAGAGAGUGAGAGCCUCUACUGCCCAGGAUGAAGCAUCAAGAAAGAGAAAUGUCUUCCAGGGUAGCCGGAUAUCAAGUUAUGUAGGAUUUGACAGGUCAAAGGCAACACCCCUAGUUGCACCUGGAAACAAAAUUGGAAGCUAGUGAUGCAGGCAACAAGAUUUUGUGAGAGAGAUCAAUUUUCUUCUCAGGCUUAAAUAUCCAGCCAAGUCUUUGAUCACAGCCUUGUAUUGAAUGGCCAGGUGUAAAAGAGGCAUGAAUAUCCUGUAGCAAGGUAUGAACUGGAGGGUAAGGUUCACGCACACUCCCUGUCAGGUACGAGAUAAAUCGUCUUCACUGUUGCAGUCUGAGAACCUGAGAAAACCUCCUCCAGUCGUAACCAACUCAACAGAGGGAGUGGAAAUUACUUUUGCCAUGAAGUGACCUUUAUCUUGUCUGGAUUACUCUUCAGAUGAAUUGCUUUUGUCCAAGUGCUGAUCCUUGUCCAAUACUGUACUGUUUACAUUCAGCAAGAGGAGACUCAAAGGUGAUGAGCUGGGCUAUAGGCUGGAGCCUCUAAUGCUUGCACACUCAUGCCUUCCACCUUCCCCUGCUCUUCAUUCAGUUUAAAGCUUAUAACAUAUGCUAGUGGCUCACUAUCAGACCCAUCAUUUUGUUAAAGGAAUGAGAGAGACUAUUGCAAUGACUUGACUAGACGGCCUGUAGUCUGAGGCAUCUGUCACCAGGAGGCACUGGGCACCUGAGGUUAGCUUUCAGGGGGAAUGUCUACAUGUGUAUUUAAGUGCAACUAAAUUUAAUGCACAUUAAGUGAUUUUUUUUUUGGCAGGUGUCUACUUAUGCAGGGUAACUUUAGUGCCAAGUCCCUGCAGCCCUGCCAUGUGCCGCUAGUAGCUAGGCAAAGCCAGCACUAAAGUUAGUGCCAGGUCGCAUUUACACGUGUGUUAAUGUGCUUUAACCAAUUGCACCUAAAUUUGAUAUCUGCAUUUGUAGGUAUCAAAUUUAGGCACGAUUAGCCUAAUUUUGUCAUUUUUAAUGUGCAUUAAGGGCAUACACAUGUAGAUGCAUGCCUGUAAUCUACAUUAAAUUAGACUAAAGCACAUUAACACGUCUUGUGUAGAUGCGCCUAGGCAGGAACAAAAUCAGGCAAUGAAAGGGCUUAAUGGAGGGUUAGUGGUUAGGAGUCUGGUUUUAAUGUUACCUGGUGUAGGAAGAAUAAGCAUCCUUUUGACCCAUCCUUACCUAAAACUCAUGAAACUCCAGGUGGUACCAGAUGUCUAAGGUGGAAGGCAGAGGCUGACGAGCAAUUUUAUGCAAUCCCAUUACUGUCACUUAAGUAGUAAUAAUGGCCUUGUAGUUAAAGUACAGACUCAAUAACCAAGAGACUUGGGUUCUGAUUCUGGUUCUGCCAUAAGCUUGUUGCAUGUCCUUGGCAAGUCACUGUUUCACUGUGUCCUGUUGUUAUUUUCAUCUCAACAGUAUUUUCCUACUUCACAGGGCUGCUCUAAGGCUAAAGACAUUAAAGCAUUUUGAGAUGUCCAGUUGGAGGCUGCUUCAGAAGAGCAAAAUAUAAUAAAUGCACACUGUGUUUAAAGGUA